AACUUUCCCGUGAAGCAUUGCAUUUCCUCUUUCUAGCCAGCGCCUGAGAAUGGGUAUCUCAAGGGACAACUGGCAUAAACGCCGCAAGACCGGUGGAAAAAGGAAGCCCUACCACAAGAAGAGAAAGUAUGAGCUGGGCCGACCUGCUGCAAACACCAAGAUUGGACCUCGUCGAAUUCAUACAAUCAGAGUCAGAGGUGGCAAUAAGAAGUACCGUGCUCUGAGAUUGGAUGUUGGGAACUUUGCUUGGGGCUCAGAAUGCUGUACCCGUAAGACCAGAAUCAUUGAUGUUGUGUACAAUGCCUCCAACAAUGAGCUUGUCAGAACGAAGACACUGGUGAAGAAUUGUAUUGUCCUGGUUGACAGCACUCCUUUCAGGCAGUGGUAUGAGGCACACUAUGCAACUCCCCUUGGCCGUAAGAAAGGGGCAAAGCUGACUCCAGAGGAGGAAGAAAUAUUAAACAAGAAGAGAUCCAAAAAGAUUCAAAAGAAGUAUGAAGAGCGUAAGAAGAACAGUAAAAUUAGUACUCUCCUAGAAGAGCAGUUCCAGCAGGGCAAGCUUCUAGCUUGCAUUGCUUCAAGACCCGGACAGUGUGGAAGAGCAGACGGCUACAUUUUGGAAGGCAAGGAGCUGGAGUUCUACCUAAGGAAAAUAAAAGCAAAGAAAGGCAAAUAGAUGCACGUCGUUUGUUAAUAUCCCACUUGUCAAUAAAAAAAAAAAAAAUCAGAAUAUUCUCCUUUUUUUUCUGCCCUCUACUCCUCUGAGCAUUUUGUUUAAAUCAGGAUUUGUUGGCUUAAUGGCAUUUGUGGAUGUGGUAUUCCCUGAACAGUGUUAAUAAAAUGUUAACAAAACCUAAAGUGAAAAGAUUUACUGGUGAAGGGACAGAUCUAACAAGUUUCUCAAACUUUUAUCUACUAUGGUCUAUGGGACUGUAUUGUUGAGAAUGACAUACCAGUACAAUUGUUGCUUGCUUUGAGUAUGAAGGUUUGCAUGUGUGACUCAUCUUGAAUUUGAUUUAACAAAAGAUCACUAGUUGAUUUUUAAUGAAUGCUUAUUUUCCUUUUAUUUAAAAAUCCAAUUUUAAGUUGGCUUGUCCAUUUGUUCUUAUAUAUUGCAUUUUUUAGGUGGUUGCAUACCAGUAGACUAACUUAUAAUUCACCAUUAAAUUCAAAAUUCACCUUUCAAAAUAUAAUUUAUUGGAAAUGUAUGUAACAAUCUUCAACUUGUUUAAUCCAGGUUUAGAGGAGUAAGGUGGAGCUUGUGCACUGGACAGAAAGUAGUAGACAGGCCUGGAUUGGGUCUUAAUCCAUCAUGGAACUGUUACAUAGUUGUUCUGAAAUCUUUCUGUUUGAAGAGAUUUGUUGGCACUAAACUUGGAAGGACGUGUGUGUGUGGUGUAUUUUGAAAAAUGUUGCUAGUAAUGCUGUUGUAGCAACAGUUGUAAAAAAUAUAUAUAUAUAUAUAUAAUAUGAAAGCUGAGGAUAAGAUUGAGAGAACAGAGGGCAAAUAUGUACUGUUCAUUCGCAACAAUUACACUGUGUAUUGAAUACUAAAACAUUCAAAAUCGGUUCAUAUUUUUAAACCAUUUGUUACUUUCUUCGAGUCAUUAAUGACAGUCUCCACCCAACUCCCAAAACAAACAAUAGUUACAGAAUUUCAAGCAGAGAAUUUUUCUGGAGUAUUAAAAAUAUAAAAUUGUAUCCAAAAAAAAAAAAAACUGGUGUUGAACUUGAUGUGCCAAUUACAGGAGUUUCCACACUA